CUGAAACUUCAUCCAGCACCUGACGAUGCAUGGCCUCAACGACGCAUUGGCCCACGCGCUGCCAGCCGCGUGUGGGUGCGUGGCCAUUGGGACUGUGAUCUCAAGUAUUCGAAGCCGCCGCGUAAAAGGCCCACCGUCUCUGUUUGUCGCACUUGGUGUCGGUUGCGGCGUCUUUCGCUACAUCAACCGCCGUCGCCGGAAGAAGAAGAGCAAGCUGGCUGCAUGGGUAGCGUCUCUCGUCGUGUUUCGGCUGUGUUCCGACCAACACAAGUACGUUUUGCUGUCGUAUGCGUGCGUGGAGACGAUGGCCCAGCUGUACUCGACAUCAACGCUUGCUCGCAAGACACCGCCAACGGUGCGGUGGCUCUUGGAGCAAUGUGCAGCUAUGGCGAUCACGGCCCGACUCAUUCACACAAACCUCGUCCACCCCGACUGGAUGCUUCCCGUGCACCUGUCCAUGAUGGACCACCAAUCGUCCCUGUCCACGACACGCUUACAAGCAGUUCGACAAAACCUCCAGACUUCCGCCGUCACUCGGUGCACGAGCUUGCACCCAGGGCGGUCCUGUAUUGCGUUUGCAGGCGCGACGUGCAUCAAACUCCUUGGACGCAGUGCUCAGAUCUUUGUGCCGCUGCAUGGUUUGACGUUGUUGUAUUCGUUGGCCACGACUCGACACGUAUCCUCCGUGCAAUGUGCGGCAGUUGGUCUCUGUCGGUCCCUCGCCUUCAUGACAUCGAGCUACAUGCUGGCGUACUCGACGUCGUGUCUGCUUCCUCAGAAGAACGAUUUGGCCAUGAUUAAACUGACGUCGCUCACGCCGUUCCUGGCGCAGUACUUGGAGCCCACGUCCCGCCGAACGUCGAUCAUCAAGGCUGUUGCGUGCUACAGCCUCGUGUCCGUGUACAUUCAACUAGCGGCCAAGCACGAAUGGCUCUCGAAGCAGUCGAAAGUCGCGGCCGUCUUGUUUGCAUCGUGCAUGACGUAUGUGCUCCAGAAUCCACAUCGGCAAUCGCGAUGGGCGAUGCAAUGCCUGUACGGCGACUUUCUCGACCAACCUGACACGACCAAGGCAGCGGUGGAGACAGCGGCCGCCGCGAUGGCGUAAGUGCGGUCAAUGCUUGAGGGAAUGCAGGGCGUGCGGACGAAAAAGACACCUGUGGUGCACAAGAAGGGACGUUAUCAGGGCUCACAAUAGUCGAGGGUAUUGCCAUGGAGUACUGACGGCUGCACGAAAAGCUACAUGCGCAUCGGUUCCCGCUGACACGCAAAAGUCACUCUGAGGACUCUGCCACGGCGGCCGCUUGCAACGGCACCUUGCUGCCGACAAUGCACAGUCAAUCGGACCGUGUAACUUGGUUGUUGGGUAGCUCAUGUCGACGAUGCCACCGCGUUGAGUUGCGCGAGCAAUUGGUGAAUAAUCUCUUGGUUGGCUUCGAAUCGUUUCUCGGCUUUGGUAGCUUGAGCCUUAUCGAACGCAAUGCGUUCGCGUUGUAAUUCGCGGUCAAACUCGAGUCGCUCGAGCUGGAGUUUGACGACGGCGUCGUCGUGGGCUUUCGCAUGGACUUGAUCCCGUUCGAUCACAGACAAGAGUUGCCGGAGCAGGUCGAAGCGUUGGUCGUCGUGUCGACGACGUUGGACGCGACCGCCUUGGUCGUCUUCGCGUGGAGAUGUGGCGCGGGGACUUGCGUUUUCGUCGGAAAGUUGUCGCUUUUUCGACACAUUGGCCGCCGUUUCUGAACGGGGCACGGAAACUGUUGGUCGGGUGGACGGGUCGACAUCUGCGGGAACGGGGGACAAGGGCUUUUGGGGGGUGAUGGGUCGUGCAGAGCUCGUACUGCUAGGAGCAUUCUUUCUCGUGUUGUCGACGGACGAAGGGUGCGUUGGCGGGAGGAGCUGCCCGGGAACCAUUGCAGGCAAAUACCACAUAUACGGAGUCAUCCCGGGCUGGAUCGGGUAUGGGAUCGACGUGUUGUUGGCCUGUUGUGCGUUUGUCUUGGGCGGUUGCGACGAUGCUGAAGCGCGGGAUGACGAUGAUGCAGGAGCUGUUCGCACAACGUCUCGUCGUUUAGAACGCGGAGAUGUUGUCGUCUCCGUGGAGGCAACAGCAGCUGCAACACUUUCAUGUGUGCUUGAUCGGGCGUCCAAAGUUGCAGUGGAACUGGUUUUUGUCGCGACUACAGUCGAUGUUGUUGCAGCUUGCUCUUUUGCUGUCACCGGGUCAUUUUUCGUCAUUCGCGCCGUGUGAUUUGCCUUGGCUUGGGCUGCACGUGGUUCAGUCGUGGUGGGUGGUGACUUGGUUGUGCACUCAGACGCUGCCAAAGAAGUCGACGGCGUAGCAGGACCAACUGCUAGCGACGUCGUGAAGGAGG